AUGUCCGGAUACGUUGUUUCGGCUGUCAAAACCUUGACCUCAUUGCUCCCACUCUACAAUACAACUGAUCCAUCAAGUUCAGGUAAUAGGAACAGCUCAGUGAAAAGUGACGAAAGUGAUUCUCUGCUGGCAAAGCAUGAUGACACCGACACCGGUUCUCAUCAAGGCCUUGAUACUACCCCUUCAACUCUGGAAGAUUUUGGAGCCUCUGACAGCGUAAAACAAGAUAGCGGCCCCAGUGAACUUCCUGACAGAACUGAUGAGAAGCCUUCGGGCGCACCAAGUACAACUGAAAAUGAAGGUGGCGCCGAUGCAACGCAGGUGCCAAGUACCCCGCACAGUGACAAUUCUACAACAACACAAAAGUUGCCCGCCAAAGGUGAAAGUGGUAAUGAGGAGGAGAGUGAGGAGGAGAGUGAUGAAGACCUCAAUCCGGAGGGAUACAGACCUCGUGGAAAGCCCUCCAAGCCGCUUGCAUCACAAUCGAAACCUGGCAGUACCCACAGAUAA